AUGGAGGACUUGUCCCGCUGGGUGAGGGAGGCCGGCUGGUGGGUGAGGAGGUGCUGCUGCUGUGGUGAGAAAGAUGAGGAGGAGAGAGGGAGGAGGGAUGAAGAGGAGGAGGAGGAGGAGGUGAAGCUGGAGGAGCUGGGCCUCAGAAAAAGCAGGAGUGCGACUUCGCUCCCGCCUGCCGAGCUCGAUCCGGACCGGUCCAGCUCGUCCCCUUCUGGGCCUCAGCCUCACUGGUUCCACACUCUGCAGGUCCGACGGCUGCGAGUUCAGCGAGGACGCAGCAACAGCGACCCGCUGGGCGGGAAGAGCAGCGAGGACGCCUUCACCUGGAAACCAGGUCUUCGCUUCGGAACAGCUCAGUCUUAUCUGAGUCUGGAGAAACUGGGUGAAGGAGCAUACGCCUCUGUGUACAAAGGCAUCAGCAGGAUAAACGGGCAGCUGGUGGCUCUGAAGGUGAUCCGUAUGAAGACGGAGGAGGGCGUCCCGUUCACCGCCAUCAGAGAAGCUUCUCUGCUCAAAGGUCUGAAACACGCCAACAUCGUCCUCCUCCACGACAUCGUCCACAACAGAGAGUCGCUCACCUUUGUCUUCGAAUACGUGCAAACAGACCUGGCCCAGUACAUGACCCAACACCCUGGAGGUCUGCACUCGCACAAUGUCCGGAUUUUCAUGUUCCAGCUGCUGCGAGGUCUCUGCUACAUCCACAGUCGGAGGAUCCUCCACAGAGACCUGAAGCCCCAGAACCUGCUCAUCAGCUACCUGGGAGAACUCAAACUGGCCGACUUCGGUCUGGCUCGGUCCAAGUCCAUCCCCAGUCAGACCUUCUCCUCUGAGGUGGUGACCCUGUGGUACCGCCCCCCCGAUGUUCUGCUGGGAUCCACAGAUUACUCCACCGCCCUGGACAUGUGGGGGGCCGGAUGUAUCUUCAUAGAGAUGCUGCAGGGGGCGCCAGCGUUCCCCGGAGUCACUGAUGUGUUUGAACAGCUGCAGAAGAUCUGGACGGUCCUGGGUGUCCCCUCUGAGGACAGCUGGCCUGGAGUCAGUCUGCUGCCCAAUUAUAAACCAGAGUGGUUUCAUCAGUCCGAGCCAAAACAGUUCAGGACCGUUUGGAAAAGAUUAAACCAGCUUCCCUAUAAAACCGAGGACCUGGUCCAGAGGAUGUUGAAGGGGGUUCCUACAGACCGGAUCUCAGCUCGCGAUUCUCUACAGCACCCGUACUUCAGCACGAUGCCUCCUCCCAUCAUGCACCUCAGAGACACGGUGUCGAUCUUCAAGGUUCCAGGUGUUCAUCUGGAGACGGAGGUCAGAGACAUCUUCAACCCCGGGCGGAGGGUCAGACCGUCCCUGCUGCCAUCCACCAAGUGCUGGUGAUCAAAUCCUCCAAUCAGACCACCAUCAGCCCGAGAAGACGAGCAGAGGGGUGAACAAACCCAUAUAGGUUAAACCUGUUUGCAAUCACUGAACUGAGACUUGAAUGAUAAAGAUUUUGUGAAACACAGAAUUCAAAGUCAAAUGUGUUUUGUUACCAGACGUUUGUAAAAGUCGGGAAAGUUAGUGUUUUAGUGUCUGACUCAGUUCAAAAUAAAAGCAUGAUGUGGAACAGUGACGUACGUUCCAGGGACCCAGACUCCGAAGGGACGAACUCAUCUGUCGACCAUCUGAGGGAGAUAAAACUGCAGUAUUACAGAAUUUCGGCUGUAAAAUUUAAUGUUUAACUUGUUAUCAUUUUAACAUGCACCGUAAAACACAAAACGGGAAUUCAGUGGAAUCAGCUGAUAUUUUAUCGUUAUCAUAAAUAUACAAGUUUUGUUAUUUCAGAACUAAUAAACAUGAGUUGUACUCACUUGAGGCCUUUCGGCUUGAAAUGAUGUGCUGACUGAAUGAGCUGCUGAGAGCUCACCACAGUUAGAAGUUAGAACAACUCAAGUCUCUCAGUUCUACAGUCAAAGAAAGUAAAAGUAGACCUAAGUUGAAUUACCUUGAAAUUAACCAAACUUACAUAUUUACAUGAAGAUACCGAGAAAAGGUGUAUUCGUUUUGACAGUGUACUGGAUUCAGUUUCUAAUUUAACCAAGUCAUGUUAGAGGCUGAGUUUUGAGUUUUGUUGCAUAUGAGUCUGAUUCUGACGAUUUUUACAACAAAACUCAAACUGUUUGAGUGUUGAACACAGGUGGUUCUGCUCAAAAGGUUUCUGUCCGCAGCCUCAGACCGUGUCCACACUUCGCUGGAUAGAUUCUCAAACACGUCGCCCGUCUCCGUUUCGGCCCCGCGUCAGACUAAACCGGAGCUUCGUUGUAACACUGGUAUGUCGCUGACCGAGCAGAGGGGGGCAGUAUCGCGGCAUUUCAUUGUUUUUUUGUGGAACGGGAGCAGACAUAGUAAGCCGUUUCUUCUUCGCUCGUUUCUGUGGCCGGCGCUCGUUGCAGCUUUAAAUCAAGCAGCUUUUUCCCUUUGGAGCGACGGUAAACACAACACACGGGGCCUGAUGAGAGGUCAGUGUAACUCUACCGAACCUGCUGCGACCGCGGCUCAGGGUGUGGUCCCGGGUGUGGUCUCGGGUGUGCUCUCAGGUGGCCUGAUCGCAGCACAGCUUUGCUCAUUUACCUCUGAUGUGAUUUCAUCAUAAAGCGUUUUGGAAAAUAAAGGUUGGUAGAUUUACUUUGAAGGUGAAGUGAAGCUUUGUGUUUUUAUUGGUCAGGGUUAGUAGUAGCAGUACAGGAACACGUCCACAGAAAAAAAAACCUAAAGUAUAAACAACAUUUAAAUCUAGUUCAACUUUUUGAAUCCACAUCACUUUUUGAUGCUGUUAGAACCCGAGUGCUGAUGGAGCCAUAUUAAAACUUUUGUAUGUAAAUCUAAUUUAAUCAGAUUUAUUGCUGAUGUAAAUAUAAAAUGUUCCCCCCAGUCUGAACAGUUUAUUCCCCCCUGCCUGUGUUUCCUGUUAGCAUUCGUUAGCAUGUGUUAGCAGCAGAUUAAUGAGGAUUUAUUAAUGUGUUUUUCUCUGAGGAAAUCCCCUGAAACUCUUCAUGAAUAAUGACUGAAUCUGCAGUAACUCCAGACUCCAUCACGCUGUUGUGUGUGUUUGGGACUUUUGGUUCAUUUAAAUGUUAUUUUCUGGCCUCGGGUGAAGAUCGGACGCCUGUUUUCAGCUGGUUUGUGUUGAUUAAAGUCAUCCUUUAACAGAAAUAUUGCUUUGGUUUAGACCAGGUUUGACUUUUCCAACAUCAUUAAACGUUUUAUACUCAAAUAAAACUGACUGAAGCUGCUUGAAUAAACU